AUGAAUUGGGUUGCCGUGGCCAGAAAAAUUCCGAGGGAUCUCCGUUCCAUCUAUGGGAGGAUCGAGAGGGGAAGCAAAACCCUAAAACCUGAGGUUGUCUGCUCACAGCUCCAGUCAAGCGGCUUCUCUUCAGCGCCUCGUCCUCGAUCUUGGAGCCCUAGCAAGCGAAAAUCCGAAUCGCGCCGAGCUCCAUCUCUUCCUCCUACUCCCGAUCCGUCCCGCCUGCAGUGCUGCAUUGAUCAGCUCCCUCCGAGGUUCACCUCGGAUGAUCUCUCGGGGAUGCUGGAACUCCAGCGGGAUCCCAUCCUUUGCCUAAACAUCUUCAACUGGGCCUCCCUGCAGCCCCGCUUCAGGCACGAUGCCUCCACCUACCUCAUCACCAUCAAGAAACUCGGCGCCGCCAGGAUGUACCAGGAGAUGGACGUGGUCAUCGUCCAAGCCCUCUCGGCUACCUGUAUUGCGUCUGAGGAGCUCUUCAACACCGUGAUCUACUUCUACACAGAGGCUCGCAUGCUGUCCAAGGCAGUCAACGUCUUCAAGCGCAUGCGGGACUCGGCGGCUGCCGCUGCCUGCCGCCCCACGCUCUCCACGUACAAUCUGCUUUUUGCAGCGCUGCUGGGCAAAGGGAACAACUCAUACAUCAACUACAUUUACAUGGACACCAUCCGGUGCCUGUUUCGGCAGAUGGUGGAUUCUGGGAUCGAGCCUGAUAUCUUCACCCUCAACUCCAUCAUCAAGGGGUACGUUCUCUCGCUCCACAUCAACGAUGCCCUCCGCGUAUUCCACCAAAUGGGCGUCGUCUACAGGUGCCUUCCGAACGAGCAUUCUUAUAAUUACCUGGUGCAUGGGCUGUGCGCGCAAGGCCGCACAAAGAAUGCCAAGGAGCUGUAUAUAGAGAUGAAGAACAAGGGCCUCAUCCCCAGUGAAAAGGUGUAUAAUUCGCUUGUUUGUGCUCUGUCAAUGGCUGGGCAGAUGGACGAGGCAGUGGCGAUCCUCUGGGAAAUGGGGAGCAGGGGUAGGUUAGCCGAUCUUAUCACAUACCGGACUGUUCUCGAAGAAAUGUGCAGGCAUGGAAGGGUGGGGGAUGCUGUAGCUCUGUUGAGGGAGUUUCAGGAGAAGGAUCUCGUUGAUGGCCGGACUUUUAGGGAGCUUAUGUAUGGGAUCCAGGACAGUCACGGGAUUGAGAGUGAUGAUGCAGUUUAA